AUGAAAAGGACGCUUCUACAAUCUCCUAUUUCUUCAACAAAAAAGUUUAUGAUGGCGGAGUCGACAACUACGGCCGCCACGACUACUACUGGAUUCAUCAAUAUUGCCACAUUCCAAGUGAAGCUCCCCCAAUCAUUGAACGAAACCGUCCCCCUCCCUUAUGGCAUGUCGAUGGAAAAAACAGAAAUCAUAGAUUUGAAGAUUUGCAGUUGCAGGGUUGAAAGUAUGCUGCUUGUUGUUCAAGUCAAGAAUGUAAUCAGUUCUUCGGUUCCUGUAUUUAAGAUAAUUGUCUGGAAAGUAGUAGAUACUCCAAAUCCUAUGGGAUCAAAAUCAAAGAGAGCUGAGUACAAAGUUGUCCCAGUAUGUGGAUUGGAUUGGAUGGGCAUGAAGGUAAAGUUGGUGGAAGAAAGGAAUAUGAAGCCACUUGAUUCAAAUCUUGCAGCAUUAUCAGCAAGAUGCAGUAAAGACUUGGAGUUGAAUUUGACUAAGUCUUUCUUGAGUGAGAUGGGCCAAUGUACAACUUCUUAUCCAUAUAACAGCUGUUUGGAGCAUUAG